ACGCUCCCAGACUCCCGCCACCUCCCUCUCCGCUCCCCGACGAUUUAAGAACAGCGUGAAAAAACUAGCCAAGUGGCUUGGGUGGUUUCGCGGGGCCUUAUGGCUGUUUCUGGGACGCUGAGCACUUUCCGCCUUCCGCCGUUGCCCACGAUUCGAGAAAUCAUUAAGUUGUUCAGGCUGCAAGCGGUGAAGCAGCUAUCCCAGAAUUUUCUCCUGGACUUGAGGCUGACAGAUAAAAUUGUAAGGAAAGCUGGCGAUCUGACAGAUGCUUAUGUUUAUGAAGUGGGCCCUGGGCCAGGGGGAAUCACAAGAUCCAUUCUCAAUGCCAAUGUUACUGAACUUCUGGUGGUUGAAAAGGAUAGUCGAUUUAUUCCUGGAUUACAGAUGCUUUCCGAUGCAGCACCUGGAAAACUGAGAAUUGUCCAUGGUGAUGUGUUGACAUAUAAGAUAGAAAGGGCUUUUCCAGAAAGUCUUAAAAGACGGUGGGAAGAUGAUCCUCCAAAUGUACAUAUUAUUGGAAAUCUGCCUUUUAGCGUAUCAACUCCACUGAUUAUCAAGUGGCUUGAAAAUGUUUCUUGUAAAGAUGGACCUUUUGUUUAUGGCAGAACCCAGAUGACAUUGACUUUUCAAAAGGAAGUGGCAGAGAGACUUACAGCCAGUACAGGAAGCAAACAGCGCAGUCGCCUUUCUGUUAUGGCCCAGUACCUCUGCAACGUUCAGCACAUCUUGACCAUUCCGGGUCGGGCUUUUGUCCCUAAACCAGAGGUGGACGUGGGCGUGGUGCACUUCACGCCCCUGACGCGGCCCAGGAUAGAGCAGCCAUUCAAGCUGGUGGAGAGAGUCGUGCAGAACGCAUUUCAGUUCCGAAGGAAAUACUGCUAUCGAGGCCUGGGGAUGUUAUUCCCUGAAGUUCAGCGCGUGGAAAGCACUGAGAAACUGUUAGAGUUGGCCGACGUGGACCCUACCCUUCGACCCAGCCAGCUCUCUGUCUCCCAUUUUAAGAGCCUCUGUGAUGUGUACCGGAAAAUGUGUGAUGAAGACCCACACCUCUUUACUUAUAAUUUCAGAGAAGAACUCAAGCAAAAUAAAAGCAAAAAUCAGGAAAGAGAGAACGACAAGGAGAGAUCCCGACGAUAGCUGCCGCUUCGGUGGCAAGCAGCUUUGCGGAUGUUGGUUUUCCCAAAGUUGAGCUGCUCAGAGGUACGCUCUUUGGUCCACUUUGGAAGGACAAUAAAAAUACGAUGACCAGUGUGACUUACUUCCCUUUUACUGUACAACUCGGUAGAGAAAAUAAUCAAAUAACAUACAGUACAAGCUUUCUUUUAAUAUAUAUACUGCAUAGAUAGGACAUGUUCAGUAUAAACAGCAUCUAUUACAACCUUAAAAAAAUGAAGUAUCUGCACAUUGUGCCCCUUACCCACAUUAAAAUAAAUAUGCUUUAAAUAAAGCAAAAACUAACAGCUCAAAGAAAAUGCCCAGAGAAUUGGGGAGGGGGGGAAUGACCUUUUAAAAAUUAUUAAUCACAACUCCAUCUUUUUCCACAUAAAUUAAAAUAGACUGCAAUUUUAAGGAUCCUAAGUCAUUUUUGAUACCUGCUCAAAAGGGAUAUAAACUAAGUAAUUUACAGAUUCUGAUCAGUUUAAUCUAGUUUUCUGAUCUACAAUAAAUUAAAAUAACUUAAAUCUUUACAACUAUUUCGUGGGAAAACGUAUGCCGCACAAAACCCAAUAACGAAUAGUUUUUCUGCAAUUUCCACUUUACCACCAGUUUAAAGGUAAAACAAGCCAUUUAACCCGCGUCGGACGAAAUCCUACUAUGACUUUCCGUGGCUCCCUGUUUCGUAAAAACACUCCUCGUUGACCACCGAUGUUAAACUCUGGACACUGAAUUCUCGCUGCAGAACAGAACUGAGAUCGAGGUUGGCAU